AUGGAAAGAACAGUUCAGUUUAUUCUGCUGCUGAAAAUAAUCUUUGCCACUUUACUGAAAAACGUUCUUUGUGGGGAUCCACCAGUUAUCAUCGCAUUUUACUUUCCCCCUGUUUUGAAAGAGGGAGAAAGAACAAAUACAAUUUGUUCUGUUCGCUCAGGUGACAGACCAAUUGAAUUCAAGUGGAUAAAAGAUGGUCAACCACUGCCUGUAUCACCCACUGUUAAUGUACAGUCAUUUGAAGAUUCUUCUGUUUUGUUUAUAAAAUCUGUCGAUUCUGGAAGUUCGGGGAAUUACACUUGCAUUGUAACAAAUUCUUUCGGCAAAGACCAGCAUACCGCAUCUCUCGUUGUCACUUCUCCCCCGACAUGGUUAAAAGAACCAACAGACACUGUUGUGAAGGAAGGAGAAAGCAUUUCAUUAGAAUGUGCAGCAUCAGGAGUUCCAAGUCCACAUGUUAAAUGGAAAACAGAUGUGAAAGGAACUAAAAUAACAUCAGAUUCUUCGAGUGCAGUUUAUGUUUCAUCGACAGGUGGAUUAGUAAUUGGUAAAGUGACUUAUUCUAUGGAAGGAUCUUAUACAUGUGAAGCUGAAAAUGGGUUUGGAAUCCCACUUACCAAAAGUAUUUCUCUCACUGUUCGUGUUCCAGCAAGAUUUGAGGAAAAGUUCAAGGUAGAAUCUGUAAAACAGGGGGACAGUGCUGUUUUAAGGUGCGAUGCAACGGGAGACGAACCUAUAUCCAUCGUAUGGUAUAAGGAUAAGAGAGAAUUGGAGAUUACAGAAAUGUCCGGGUACGAAAAGUUUGAAACCUAUUCGAAAAAUGGUGUUAAUUCUGAACUGUUUAUUCGGAAUGUUGGGCGUGGAGAUGGAGCUCUCUAUUCCUGUACUGCUACAAACAGUUAUGGAAAUGACGAACGGAAUAUCAAAGUUCUUGUAGUAGAGGUUCCCGAAAAGCCGUUAGAUGUGAAGGUACUGGACGUGUGGGCUAGAAGUGCCAGUAUUCGUUGGACAGCACCCUAUUCUGGAAACAGUCCGAUACAUAAAUACCGAGUACAAUACUGGAGAGAUAAACAUGGUCCCCAGACGUUGAAUGAAGAGGAUGUUGCAGCCACUCAAACUAAUACCGUCAUCCAGGAUUUGAAGCCGGGAACAUCGUACGCAUUGGCCGUUGUGGCUGAAAAUGAAAUAGGACACGGAGAACCCUCUGAGAUUAUUGGAUUUGUCACUAGUGAAGAAGAGCCAAGUGGUCCACCAACUGAUUUGUAUGUCGAAGCAAGAGGUCCAACAUCUAUUCUAGUUAAAUGGAAGCCACCCCCAAAGGAAUGCCUUAACGGUGAAUUGAAAGGAUACUAUGUUGGGUAUAGAACAGAAGGAACCAACCAGCCUUACAGUUUCAAAAGCAUCGAGGCCAAUAGUAAUGAGAACUACGAGUAUUUAGUGACGGGCCUUACGAAAUCUGCAAGAUACAGCGUUUUGGUCAAGGCUUACAAUAAAGCCGGUACUGGACCCCCUUCGCAAGAAUUAAUCGUCAGGACUCUCGAUGGAGAUUUACCGAAAUCCCCACCGAUUUCAUUGGUGAGUACUUCUGAAUCAGAAAUAACCGUAAAAUGGAAUCAAGUGGUGAACAGAGAUGACCCAUUAACAGGUUACACGCUGCAUUACCAAAGGACCAAUGGCCACUGGUUGCACGUCCCUCUCGUGUCUGCUGAACAGUCCAGUUAUUCCUUGACUUAUCUUCAGGCUGAUACACUUUAUCACAUCUACCUGACAGCAAACAACAAGCAUGGACGGGGGCAGGCCAGUGAGAUCAUCACGGUCAAGACAAAAGAGAAAGGUUCGAAAGAUUUUCCAAUGUAUUUGGAUCUUCAAAUCCUAGUGCCUGCCGCCGCUGCUUUGUUUGCAGUCAUCGUUGUUAUCAUAGUUGUUAUAGUUUACGUCAUCAAAUCUAGAUCUAGAGAAGAUUUAGUCAAAGAUCAAAUUAAAGCUUUAGCUGGUCAGUCUCAAUAUAUCUAUGCAGCAGCUGCUCAGCGAUAUGAUAGCGUAGAUAAAGGCAGGCCUUUCAGUCAAGGGGAACCUGGAACACCGGCUGUCAGUCUAGCUUCCUACGCCUCCAUACCCUCUAGGAUAGACCAGGAUGACCUCUAUGGUGGACCCAUUGAGGUCAAGGGGCCUUACGGACAGAAUUAUCGUGAACGGCCCUCGUCAUUUCCUAGACCUGCUAACAAGAGGCCUCCAGCUCAUCCCCGACAACAACAGCAUACUGCAUCAGUAGCUCCACAACCCCAAGCUCAGCCUCCACAACAACAGCUGCCCCAAACACCACAGCAACAGCCCCAAGCUGCUCAACCGCCACCACCCCCUCCUCCUCCACCACCUCCGCCGCCCCCUCCACCGCCGCCCUCGCAGUAACAGACAUAAUAACCCUUAUGUAAUAGGCAGCUGGUAUUGAUUUUUUUUUUUUUUCAUUAAAAACCGCUAUAUAAUCGAUCUUUGGAAACUAGGGUAUCUUUUCACUAAACUAUACGAAUAUAAAUAUUGCUCCAACGAAGAAUAUGUUACACUUUGUUUUAUCUUUCAAAAAUUAUUUAUACAAUUCUUUUUCGUUACAAUUUGUUUAAUAAUUUGUGUCCUGUAUGAAUCGUCUUGUAUAAAUCGUAUUCGUAAUUUCUUAGCUCUAUAAGAAAAAUGGUACGCUUCUCUUAAUCCUUUAAACAAUAAUACAUUUUUUUGUACAAUACGAUAGGUUGUGUGCUGAAUAAACCAAUGUCAAAACUUUUUAUACCUUUAAAAAAUAUGCAACGCUUUGUGCUUCCUUUUAAAAAAAAACUAUCUAUAAAUCUUUUUUGUUAAGGUUUAUAGGGCAGUUCGUGUGCUGUACAGUUUAUAUUUAAAAUUUCUAACGCCUGUAAAAAAUAUGUACCCUUUGUUUUAAUUUUUAAAAGUUUGUGGUAAACUUAUGACAGUUCGAUUGUUGUAUAAAUCUUAUUCAAAAUUUCUUACAUCUUAAAAAAAUAUGCCUUGUUUGGCGUUAUCUUUAAAAUUUAUCAAUGCAAUUUUUAAGUUUUAUUCGAAGCUUUUGUGUAGCGCAAAUUAUAUUUAUAUCUUUUCUGUGUUGUGAAACAUUUGCCACGCUUUAUUUCUCUUUUAAAUAUUAUUAUUAUAACUUGUUAAUGAUUUAUAUGAGAAUUAAUAAGUUGAUUAAAUCAUAUUCAGAAUUACUUUAUACACAUUAAAAAUAUGAGCGUUUUGCAUUAUUUAAAAAUGCAUUCAAUUUUUUUUUUAAAUUCGUCGAAAAAAUACGAGUGGUACGAAAAUGCUACGUGCUGCGAAAGUGCUACGAAAAAUACACUUUCAGGAUUUCUAACAUCUAAAAAAAGGAACGCUUUGCUUUAUCUUGUAGAAAUUUUGCAAUUAUUAUUAAAAUUUAUAUGACAGCUUCUGUGUUGAAUUAAGCAUACUCAGAGUGUUUUAGACUUUUGAAAAUAAGAAACACUUUUUGUUACCUU